GAGCCUCCGCGACGCAUGCUCCACAUCGAAGUUCCAUCUUGCAACAUGAGGAAACACACUCUCGCCCUCUUCCUCCUGCUCCUCACCUUUGCCUCCCAUGGGGCAUGGUGCGCAGCAGCAGCGCGAAGCGCCAUGGCUGAGGAUGCAGCUCGUCAUCAUCUGAGGCCUCAUCACCAUGGCAAGAGGCUCCUGGAGAUACAGGCUCCCAGGAAGGUCGGGCACGCGACAGGUGGAUCCGGAGGCAGCAGCGGCGCCGGCAGGAGCGGUGGCGGCGGCACGGACACAAGGCCACACAACAGCAAGAAUGGCGGUGCCAUGGCGGCGCUGCCAGCUCCAGCGACCUCCCUCCUGGCGCUGGUUCUCACCGCUACCAUUCUUCUCUCGGCGCACAGCUUCUGAAGCACUCCCUCCGUUUUUUUCUACAAGGCAUUUCGGACAGCUGACAUUGAACUGUUUUGCGCAUUGUCUGAAUUGUCUAGACGUCUUAUAAAAGCGAACAGAGGGAGCACUGCUCAUCUCGAUUGCGGGCGCAGUACUAGUAUGUGUGUACUGUUGCAGUUCCAGAAACUGUUUGCAUAAUGCUUGUGGAGUGAUAUGCUGUUUACUGGCUAUAGUAUUUAUUUA